AUAGACAAUUAGACAUAUCGACGAGGCACCUAUGGGCGGGCUAUCGGCUAUAACCCCAAUCCAUUUCUCUCCUGGAUCGCCGGCUUUCUUGCUCUCAGGGAAUUCUUCCCUCGGAAAAUACCUGUGUUUCCCCCCUCUCGAAUUUUCUCUCUUUCUCUCUCUCAGGUUUUUCUCGGGAAAGUAUGGAAUCGAUGCCAGUGAAUUGGGAAGCUCUCGAUGCCAUGGUCAUUGACUUCGCCAAAUCCGAGAACUUGAUCGAAGAUUCAAUCUCGUGUUCUCCGCCAUCUUCUCCGGCAUCCUCACCGUCGUCGCCGUCUUAUCACUCGAGAUUUAUUAUUUUCCAGAUCAGAAGAUCAUUGGAGGUGGGUGACGUUGAUGCUGCAAUAGAUCUUCUUCGAGUCCACGCUCCUUUCGUCCUUGACGAUCACCGACUUCUCUUCCGACUACAGAAGCAGAAAUUUAUUGAGCUUUUGAGGAGAGGAACUGCAGAAGAUCGUGAUUCUGCGAUUAAUUGCCUACGGACAGCUCUUGCUCCAUGUGCACUUGAUGCUUACCCGGAAGCAUACGAGGAAUUUAAGCAUGUUCUUCUUGCACUCAUCUACGACAAAGAUGAUUUGACAUCUCCAGUGGCAAAUGAGUGGUCUGAAAGGAGAAGGUUUGAUAUUGCUGGAUUGAUGUCCUCUGUUUUGAGAGCUCAUUUGCAUGCGUAUGAUCCAGUCUUUUCAAUGGCAUUGAGAUAUUUGAUAAGUGUGCACAAAGGAUUUUGCAUUCAUCAAGGAAUUUUGUCACCCAUCUUGGAUCAUACUAAGAGGUUGCUCCUUGAAGAACGCGACACCCCUGUAACUCCUGGGGAGAGUCUGUAUGAAGCACCUCCAUUUGAUGAGGUAGACAUACAAGCCCUUGCACAUGCUGUGGGGCUUACAAGACAAGGGUCGAUUGACAGCUUGAGAAUUGCUAAGGGUGAUCUAUAUCAAGCAUUUCAGAAUGAACUAUGCCGGAUGAGAUUGGAUGUGUCUAUGCUUGAUGAUCUUGUUCAUGAGUACUGCAUUUACAGGGGAAUUGUGGAGUCGGGCCUUGGGUCCCCACCUGUGUCUGGUAUGCAAAUUCUUUCUGGAUCUUUUAAUCAACCAGAACCUGGGUAUUGUUUGUCAAGAAGUUAUUCAACUGAAAUGGGUUGUGGAACAAGUAGAAAUUUAGAUGGUGAAAUCUCCACUAAUGCCUGCCUGGGUGGUCCCCCUGAAACCAAUGCUGAUUUGAUGAGCAUGCAAGAUACUGAUGUUGAAGUGCGAUACCCUUGUGAGACAAUGGGCAAUCAUGAUGACUGUAGCACCAGUGGGAUGCAUGAGCCAGAAAAAUUGAGGGAUGUACAAAGAAACAGAAAUCAUGUAACUGGUGAAAGAAGCAAUCGCAAGCGAUGGAGGGGAAGGCAUGAUAAAAUUGUUACUCCUAAUGCUUUGUAUGGGGAAAGCAGUAAACAGGAGCUUAAAUCUGCUGUCCCUGUUGCUGACAGAAGUCUGUUAAAUGAACGACAGGUGUUGGAAAAAAGAUGUGCUCCAGAAACUAUUUACAGGGAGGAUAAGUAUGAGGUGGUGCUGCGCAUGAAGGAAUUAGCUAGCAGAGGGAUGGCUGCUGAGGUUGUUGAAGAAGUAAAUGCCAUGGAUCCAAACUUUUUUGUGCAAAAUCCUGUUAUGCUAUUCCAGCUCAAGCAGGUUGAAUUCCUCAAGUUGGUCAGUUCUGGGGAUCAUUCUAGUGCCUUAAAAGUUGCUUGCUCUCACUUGGGUCCUUCAGCAGCUAGUGAUCCGGCUUUACUAAAACCCUUGAAAGAAACAUUGUUGGCAUUGCUCAGACCCAACGAGGAUGCGCUUGGAAAGGGCUUACCCUUGUAUGCUCUUGCAACUUCCCUCCAGGUUGCAAUAGGUCGGAGGCUUGGAAUUGAAGAGCCCCAGCUUAUGAAGGUUCUAAAGGCAACCCUUUACACACAUAAUGAAUGGUAUAGACUUCAAAUGUGCAAAGAUCACUUUGAGGGUCUUUUGAGAAUUGAUUCCCUGAAAGAUGUCAGUGCCCCCUUGCUUGGUGAUGUGGUACCCAAGUCAAAUAUGGAUACUUGUGGCCAUGGAUCCUCCCAGGUUACAAUAUCUUCAAGCAACAGAACCACAGAAGAUGGUGGCAGUCCUACUCAAGUGUCAUCCAGAGAUGCCUGUGAUGAAAAUGCAAUACUUAAAGUAAUGGAGUUUCUUGCUUUGCCAAGGGCUGAUGCCAUCCAUCUUCUUGCACAGUACAAUGGAAAUGCAGAGACUGUUAUUCAGCAAAUAUUUGCCUAGUUUGAAGUGUAAAUAUUAUGUAAAGAAACUGAUGCUGUGCUUGGAAGAAUCUGAGUUGAAGGUUUGGGUUUAGAUUUGUGCAGGAUUUGACAAAAUUCAUCACCACUUUGUAUUGUAUUUUGUACAGGUCUACACAAUUUAAAGUUCAAUGCUUCAAUUGUAUGCUUUCAAAGACAGCAUAAUUUAUUUGUUUAUUUAUCUUGGAUAUUAUUU